AUGGGCAACAAGAACGCAACUCUGCCAAAAUGUCCCGGCGCUGGCACGACACAGAAGGAAGAAGGAGCGUGCAUGGACAGCGCCUCAGGUAAAACCAGAUACAAGACUUGUGUGUGCGUCUUUUAAAGAGCCAAGGCUGACAUUAAAAUCUAACAGUACAGCAAAGUGACAUUUUUAAAGAAUAAAAAACCACAUUAUGGUAAUAGAAAACUGCUGAAUGGGAGUUUUUCAGAAUGGCUUACAGCUAAUCUCAUACAUCAGCGGGGCAUACUUUCCCACAAACUGCUGAAGUGUGCCGGAAAAAACAGAGUUUAAGAUGAUCGUGAUGAUACCGAGCUGUGAGGAAGCCGCUCUAAAUACUCUUGUACUGAUGGGCUAUGUUACAUAAACGUUGCAUUACAGCUAUUAGUGACUAAUUGUAGCAGUGAUGACUACAGGCGAGGGGUCGACAGGCUGUCACUUUACAUAAAUGCAACAAAGGCUUUUAGCAGCUAGUGCCAGUUUCAUGAAACAUCAUCCUGUUACAUCUGAGAUGAUAUAGAAGAGCACAUCAGAUUAUCACGUACGACAGCCAAUGACUACAACCUGCCUGUGUGACAUCUUCAGGACACACAAACACACACUUUCACACACACAAAGUAAAUACAAGAAGACAUCUACAUCACUCUAGUGUUUGAUUUGUCUAUUCUGGGCUACUGUAGCAAUGCAACAAGGAAGAUGCUGUGAAUGACCUCUUUCAGAAUUAAGCGAAAUGUUUGAUUAAAAUCAGAUGGGCUGAAUUACAUAGUUUGAGAUGUCAAGUGGUAGGGCUUAACGAUUUGAGGAAAAGGUUGAAUUGCGAUUUUUCUGGUAGAUUGCGAUUUUAAUCUGAUUUACGAUUUUCAUCAAAUCAAGCCGCAGUGCAACAUUCACAAUGUGUGCGGUAACAUUUACAAAUCAAAUAAUAAAAAGCGUUUACUUUAAUGCAAGAAUGAAAACUAAAGGUAAGAAUUGUGGAUGGAAAGCCGAUCUUCACAUUUAAAGAAAAUGGAGUCAUCCACAGAGGUGAUGUGCUCAAGAAACUACUGCGACCGCAAAGACUUGGUGGUUCAAAAUAUUUAAGUAAAAAUUACAGGGAUAACAUUUACCAGCAUAAAAUAAAGUGAGGGUCAAACACAGCGUAACAUCAAGUUAGACACCCCGUUGAGAGAUGAAUGUUGCUGACUGCUUGCUUCUCUAGUUAUACCAACUUUAGUAACGACUGCAGAUAGCAAUACACAGAACCACACGCUAAACCAAAACGCCACUCUAUAGCCACAAAUAAUGCUCAGAACAGCACCUAACUUCAUCUACAAGACAUAUAGGGUCCCAGCCAUAAUACUAGCCACCAAACAUCUUUUUAACUUUGCCUAAUUUCUUAAGCAAAGAGACUAAACACAACUCACCUACUCUCUUCCAGCAGCCGCUUGUUUGUAGCAAGACCUUUGGGCGAGUCCAUUGACUGCAGCGGGGUGACGCAGCUCAAGGAAGAACAUUUAUGAUCAUUACUUUAUCAUUUCCUUUAAGUAAUAAUCACCAUAUUAAUCAUUUUGCAUUGCAGUGCGGUAGUUCUUCCAUAGCGUCUCGGUCUGAUUGUAUUUCCAUGAAGAAAGGAUCAUAAAUGUUCUUCUUUGAGCUGCGUCACCCCGCAGCAGUAGAUGAACUCGCCCGGAGGUCUCCAUACAAACAAGCCCAAACUAUUUUAUCAUGGCAGGCGUUAUUUCCCGGUGUCUCUCGUCAUGUGUCAUAUAUACACCGGCAAAAGACGUUGUAAUUGUCCUCAGCUCAUGUUUACUAAACUUUUAAUCGGACUUUUCGUCUUGCGCUCCUAAUGCAAGUGCCUGUGGAGGUUUUUCAAGUGCCGGUGUAAGUUUGUUGUGUUUCCGCUCAUAUAGUAUCUUUAACGCGACAGAUUUUGCGCAGUAGCUUACCUGUUUCUGUUGCACCUCUGCAGCCUCAAAAUUACUCCAAAAUGACCGCCGUCCCUCUUUUCUUGGGGAUCAAAUCGCGUAACUCCGCUUGUGUUUGAGCAGGAGCCGUUUUAAAAACAUAUUCACGUUUCAAAACCCGGAAAUCAGGUUAAUACUGAUUGGUUAAUGUGACCUGUGCACGAGUAGCAUAUGCCGCUCCUGAUUGGUGAGUUUGGAAGGACACUAAACAGAUCCUGAGCCAGUCAGGAGCGCAAGGGAAAAAAAAAACCCGCAGCUUUGGCGAUCACAUGAUCGGCCUGCUUGAAAUCGCAAUUUCGAUCGGAAAAAGAUAAGCCCGACAAGUGAUUUUUUUCUUUCUUGUAAUUCUGAUAGAUUUAAUAAUAAUAACAUUUUACAUGGAGUGUUCAAGAUUCUAUUAUGUAGCAUUUAAAAUUGAUUUCAAGGUCUGUUUUCGCAAUGCCAAUCUGAGGACAUUCAUUUCUUCAGCAAGAGCUGCAGUUUAUUUCUUUACUUUAGUUUCAUUCACAGGACUGUAGUGAUUUGCACUCUUUAAAAUUCAGCUCUGGCGGCUUUUGUGAGGCAGUUGCAUGGUGUAUCAGUCUGUUUUGGUGCAUCUUGAUGCUUUAUUUGUGGGUAGUAGCCUAAACUCAAAGUACUUCAGUGAUAUUUAAAAGGCAAAGUGUGUAGAAAUGGGACUAUCCCUUACUUAACCCCUAUUAGUGGUAAAACAAUAGUGUACAAUAAGCUCCUGUAAUGAAUAAUAAGUAUGAUCCUCUAUUUAUGACGGUUUUUACCAUCACUCACAUAUAUUACUACAACAACUUUGCACACGACAGUCACUUUUCCCCUUUUUUUGUCUUCAAACUGGUGUGUUUUGUAAAACCAUCCACUGAACACAAUAACACAGAUGCUAAUAGUUUCAAGUCUGUGCGAGAUAGCUCAACUAUGGUGUGCAAAAAUGGACAAAAUUGGAACUCCUUAUUGGUCGACCACAUGCAUAUGGUGGAAAACUCCAUAUAUUUGGGAUUGCAUCAUGUUAAUCUGCAAAUGGUUAAAGAGGAUUUCAUAUCAAGCUAGCACCACUCAAAUGAGCCCUCAAGAGCUCCUGAAGUGCGUCUCAUGAGCAGUAAACAGACCAGAGUGUAUUAAAGAGCGAACUUGUCCUUUAAAGUAACAGAAACGAUUGCACAAACACUGAAGCAAAGAUAUUUUUAUCAGAAUUUACAAAUAACUCCCGCUGGAAGUGAUGGUGAUGUUACCGAGCAGCUGAAUUACGAUCUGUAUCUCACUCCUCUGGUCUGUGUUUGUGUUUUGCGUUUCUAGGAAGCGCCUCAGGAGAUGGACCGCCAGGCCCCAGCCCAGAACUGCUGGCCUCCCUGCAGUCCCUCAGAGAAAACAGUGACUACACUCUGCUGCCAACCUCCCUGCACCAGGUGUGUUUGUGUGUCGUGUGUAAAGAGAGCAGUUUUUUUUCUCCUAAAUCCACAGAGGGUAUGUGUCUUUAAUUAGGCAGACAGAAAGCCUCUGUCCGUGUGUGGGAGUGUAUUCAUCUUCAUAUGUUUCACUGAAUUCAUGGACAGCUGUAUGUAAACUGCAGGUGAAGGAGUCUGAACUGGAAACCCUCUGCUCUAUUGUCUGUUUCCUUUCACCUCCCCUGCUUCAGAUCACGAGGACUGACUAAAACAGACUAAUUAGGGGUGUGAUGAAUAUGGUCUGUCUCAGUCUCAGGGAUGACAGAUGCAAUACUUCACUACUUCACUACUUCACAAUAUGGUUAAUUUAUGCCAGCUGUCUCAUCAGUUUAGGAUGCAGUAACCUUUAAACAAAGGAAAACUUUUUUUCCUUUGAGUACAGAGAAGGGAAAGGACAGGCAGUGCAGUGGAAAGAGUAAUCCGACAAAAGUAAACAAACUUAAAUUUGGAGAAAUUUGUUGAGAGUGUCGAUGCUUAACUCUCCAGAUAACUGUGGGCUGAUGCAAAACAGAAACACAUUCAGUGUCUUUCAGAGAAAGGUCCAUAUUUAGUCAUGUCUCCUCGCCUCUGCUACUCCUGUGCAUCAAAUAUUUCAUUCAUAAGAUCAGAUGGAGUCAGACAAUUUAACUUAUCCAGCUGCAGAAGUGUGGCUUAGAUGUUUGGUAAAAUUAUUCGACUGCAUUUAUCAAGUUAAAGUGGAGAGAAAGAACUUCCUUUUACAGGCAGAAACCUCGAGCAGAACCAUACUGAUGUUAGACAAUCAUCUGCUGAGACUGAGAGGAGAGAGAUGGACGAUUUUGAGAUGAAUCCUGGAAAGCAUGCAGGUCCACGACAGCAGAAUACCAGAGGGAGCUACAGCAUGAUGGAGCUCAGGGACUCCCAGAAAGUCAAAGUCCAGUCAAAUCAAACUGUCCUUGAAUAACUAAUGGACUAAUAAAUGCAUAAAUCAUGGAUGAAUUACUCAACUAUAGCGGUAGAACUUUAUCCUGUAGCUUUGAAUCACAGUAUAUCAUCAGGAAGUGAACCCUCUCUCUAGGCUGUCGACUCACUCGGUCAUAAUCUUGUUAGGUUAUGGACUGCAGAGUAAAAAGUGGAUGGGAAAUAAGCCCACAGAGAAAGAGAGAGAGACGUUAAUCCAGACCAUAAUUAGUUUCAUGUGACUUCACGUCUGAUUGGGUGUGUGCCUGACCCUUUUCCCUUCGUAUGACUCGGUCAUGUGAUCUUCAUCUUUUGAGGAAUUUUAAACAGAAACAUCAACAGUUGGAUGGAUUAACAAGUUUUUAUGAUUUUACUGUAAGUGCACGUCCUGAUUAAUCCUUUCUCUUUCAGAUGGCGGAGGCGUACUCGCUCAAAGAGGAAUGUAUCCUUUCACAUUUUUAUUCUUUGUGACAUUUGCAAUCACUUAUAUUUUCCAUUUGAUCCAAAGUGGGGACAGACUAUCACUAUAACGAUGAAACAAGAAGAAAAAGUAUGAUAUCCUCUCAUUUGAUCGACUGAAGGGUUCACCUGCGUCUGUCUCAUUGUUCUCAUCCUUGUUUUUCAUCUCUUUGUCUCCCGGUCUCUGGGUAAUCCCCGUGCUUUGAAUGGCAGCCCUGAAGGCCCACAGUAGUAUUUUCCUCUGGCUCUGUUUGUGCCGUUGGCGUGGCAACAGCUGCCCACAUGUGAAGCUACAAUGAGGACAGUGUGUUCGUGAGUGAGGGGAGUGAAGAGGGCUGAACAUAUGAGCGAGACAGAGCUGCGACUAAGGGUCGAUACUUCAUAAGACUGAAAAACUGAUAUGUAUUUAUAGUGAAGAUAUUUAUUCAGUUUCGUUAUCAUGUGCAGGAAUCAGUUAAAAUUUCUGUGAUGAGACAUUCAGUUUGUUUCCUUUUUGACCACUCACAGUCAUCCUCUUAUUUUGAUGAAAAAUCUGCAAAUAUUUCUGAAUGACUGACUGAAUACUAGAAAAUUAAGUAACAGAAGACUUAAGAUUGAAGGUUUUAGUUUGCAUCUUUAACUCGUUAUGUAAUCAGACCAGUGGGCCAUUCAAUUCCUGCAGCUGGAGAAGAUGUACCAUGAACGGCUGCUGUCAAACCUCGACACGCUGCAGGAGACAUGGGGUACUGCAUGCAUCUGAUUCUUUUCUCAGUUCUCCAAAAAGUAAACGUAAUUCUUUACAGGAGUAGAAAUAUUUAUGUUUUUUUGACGUGUUUCUAGAAAGCCAGCUGAGGGACCAGAUGAACAGUGGAGGCAGUUUGCCUGAUGAGACGGACUUCAUCAGUUGGAAACACAUCGAGACCCUGAGCCAGAUCUGCAGGACCCACCACAGGUAAACCUCGACACACAAGCAACGUCCAGUCGAUUACAUUUCAUUUCCCCCGUGCACCCCAUUACUGUCAGACACAAAACCUUAUAGCGCCCCUCUCUACAGUCUGAGUAGAGAGGAUAAUAAUGCACGAAGAUACACAAAGAUACACAAACCCACCUGGGACUUGUUUGAGAAAAUCAAUAUAUCUGUCGGGGCAGGAAAGAUUUAAGCUGGAUUGUGAUUUCCAUCAGACACAGUCAAACACAGCAGGCCCCGCGUGCCAGACGCUGUUGUGUCCCACCCAUCAUGUGACUCUCCUGGUAUGUUAUUGCAGCUCUCAGUCAUUCGAUGCAGGUGGAUUUGAUUUUGGAGAAUAGAUGCCAACUCCUGCUGGAAAGGCUUGAGGGUUUCUUCAGCAUUUUUAUAUGUUAAAUAUUCAAUAACACCAUAUCUGUGUGUCUCUUUUGCCUCUGUGUUUGUUUUCGGCGUCAUCAGACCCUCGGUCAGUGUGGAGCAGGUAAGAAACAUGAACUCAACAGAUUUUCUGUGGCUCUCUGCUCAGUUUUAAACCUGCAUCUUAAAUCCUUGUGCUCUGUUUUAUUGAACAGGACACACUGAACACGACGCAGGAGACGUUCAGAGCAAAAAGGAGACUCUACAGUCCUGCUGUGAUGGCGGUGAGAAUAUCUUAUUGGGCUUGGACGUGUAGAGUAGCUAACGUGAACAUUAUCAGCCACCAGAACUUGUUUGUGUUUGCAGCCCUGAACUGAACUGUUAGUUUUGUUAAAUAGCUGUUAAUGGACACAGGCCCUAACUGUCUUGUUGCCAGUGGAAGAAAUGAAGACUGAGGAGUGACGAUCGAGUAAACUUCACCUUCAUUAAUCCUCCCUCAAACCUCCCAUAACCUUCUAAUCCACUCAUAGAGUCUUAAAGCUGCACAGGGCCUCAAUAUCACUGUACUCAAACUAAGUUCAAACACAGCUAAUCAAUAAUCAAUAACCAAUGUCCCUCCUUCUUCUUCUUCUUCUUCUAUGUGCUAGUCAACAAGCUGGAAACGACACUAGGGGAUGAAGAUACAGAUCCAAACCCAACGAGCUCGGAGUCAGGAAGCCAUCAGGAAGGACGAGAGGAGGAGAGAGGAGACGGAGAAGAUGAGGAGGAGACGUAUGAGGAGACACCAGAGGAGGAGGAGGUGAAGGUGGAGUGGCCCACAGGCGUCCCGCAGGCCUCAGACAAAGACCUGGCCAAGCUGUCCCACACAGAGGGGGUAGGAUCAGGCGUCUCGUGUCUGUCUGUUUGACUGCUUCCAUUUCUUUACGUAUAUCUUUAAAAAGAGGAAGAGCUACAUUUCCUGGUGUAAAUUCAUCCCUCCCUCCUUCCCCUUUGCCUCUCCGCGUGGAGAAAGUGAGACCCCAUUGUUUAAGUUCUCUGUCUUCGCUGGGACACUCCCUAAAAUGAUCUCUGCGGUCUCUCGGUGAGAUCAUCCUAAACAUCUCCGUGUCCAAAAUCCUCCACCCACAUCCACCGGUGUGGCCUUGACACUCGGGAUGUCUAUCCUGCCAAAUGGGCUAGAUUAUUGAGCUGGGGCCUGAGCCAGGACAACAUGACCUGGCUCCAAAACUGAGCUGGAAGGGCCUGGUACUUCCUAGAGGUGGACCUGUAAUAAGAGCUUUUCCAGACUGAAGGCCCUUUUAUUGAUGAGGUUAGGAACAACAAGGCACUGAUGUAAUCCAGCAGAGGUUUGCGUAUGUGGAACGCCCUGAUUAUGCAAUGCAAUAGAUGAGGAUUUGGGGUUUUUGAGUAUGAACCUUUACCAGGUCACCCUGAUGACAUACCCUGUAAGAUCUGAUACACUGGAGGAAAAAAGUAGGACUGGAAGAAUAUAAACCGAUAGAUAAACUGAUGUUGAUUCAUUUCACGUAAUGAUCCCUUUAUGUAGGUUUUCAAGCUCACCUUUAUGUCUGAAAGUCAGAUGUUUUGCACUUUUAGGUCACAUUAUGAGGUGUUUUUGGAGCGCUGUAUUGAUUUUAUCUCAACCCUAAAGAGCCGAACUGUAGAUUUAAAUGUGUAGUUUUACAGAUCUGAAUAAAACACGAUGACUCGAGGAAAUCUGAGUCUAUUAUUGACCCACUGAGUUCAGUUUAUAGUUGACCUAUAAACUACAGCGGCAGAUGAGGCUGACAGCAUGAUCAUUAACUCCACCUCAGUGCUCAGGGUAUGACCGUGAUGUGUGUUGUGGUUUGUUUAGAGAUUAUGAUCAGGCCAAAAGGCUCUCAUUAGGAUGGAUGGUGUUUCCUCUGUUUGGAAUAAAUUUAAUUACUGCCCUCUGUUGACCUUAUGCUGUAACUGCAGCCUAAAGAAACAUGAAAAUGUUUCUGACCAGCAAACUUGCGGCACAGUUUGUUAUUGACAGUUAAAUAGUCAGAGAGAAAGAAGAAAAAAAUAUAUUAUGAAUAUUUUUGUUUUGAAUUUUUCCCCCCUGUUUUUAGACUAAUUUUUUCUGUUUUUCAGAGGUUUUUUUUGUUUGUUUUAUUUUUCAGAUUCAUUGUUUUUCCAAUUCUCUGGGAUUGUGAUCAUUUAGAAAAAAAAGAUUUAGAAAAAAGUAGUCAGAAAAACAGAAUAAAAAUUUGUCUGAAAAACAGAAAGGGGAGGGGGGUAUUCGUACAAAAAAACCAGGAAAAAAAUAGUCAGAAAGAAAGAAGAAAAAAAAUUAUUUUGAAUAUUUUUUCCCCUGUUUUUAGACCAAUUUUUCUGUUUUUCAGACUGUUUUUUUGUUUUGUUUUGUUUUUCAGACUGUUUUUUUGUUUUGUUUUGUUUUUCAGACUAAUUGUUUUUCCUAUUAUCUGGGAUCAUGAUCAUUAAAAAAAAAAAGAUUAAAAAAAACAGAAUAAAAAUUUGUCUAAAAAAUAGAAAGGGUGGAAAAAUAUUAGUACAAAAAAACAGGAAAAAAAUAGUCAGAAAGAAAGGAAAAAAAUAUUACGUAAACAGCAAAAUAAAUAAAUAAUCAUUUUUUUAAAAGUUUCCUUUUUUUGUAAGUGAAUGCAAUAUGCUUCUGUAUAUUUAUGACUAUUAAUAUAAAUGCAGCUGAUAAAGUAUGCAAAUUUGAUAUUAAAGUUGUUUUUCCUUUAGUGUACUAAACAUUCUCCAUACAGGCCUAAAGUACCUAAAAUGUUCCAGGUACAGUUAGUGAAGUCAGCAUCAAAACUACAGGGAACUAUAAACAUCCAUGUUUCUGUGUCUCCCUCAGAGUUCAGCUCCAGACGGUCUCGUCUCCAUCCUGAAGAGGAGGAGAGCGUCUCUGGAUGGACUUCCUCCUCCGAGCAACAUCGUCACCAAACAGAACUCCAAACGUAAAGUCCGCUUCAGUGAACCCGAGGACGGCAUCGAACAAGGUACAGAUAUCUGAUCUGUGAUGUUGGCAUUUUAAAGAUGAUUUAUGAUUACCGUAACAGUGUUCACUGUACUUGUGUUUACUGAAAGUGUUUCUCUGUUUCUUGCCCACAGAUGAGGUCGGUGGAGACUCCUGCCUGAUCCUGCUGCUGCUGUGUCUGGUUACCGUGGUGAUCAGCAUCGGCGGAACCGCUCUGUACUGCACCCUGGUGGACACUUACUCCAACAUUUGCACCGACUUCACUCAAAACGUCGACUUCUACGUCAUGAACAUACGGAGGUUCUUCGAAGGUCUCAGACACUGGCUUCCUCUACAGACUUAG